AUGGCCUCAGCGAGAGCCUCCCCACGCUCACCACCCAACCUCCCAUCCCCCACCUCCUCCACCGACAGCGUCCACGACGGCGAGCCGACCCUCACCCAGCUCGUCAACCACUUCGUCGCCGCCAAGCGCUCGCUCUCGUCCAUAACCCAUGUCUGGCGCGCCAACGAGAUUGUCAACGCAGGCCGCGGCUUGCUCGAGCGGAACGCCGUGCUGAGCGCCAAGAACAGCUUCGUGCGGCGAAGCAUCCAUGACCAGCUAAGCGCCCUCGAGGCCGUACGGCAGGGGAUCGAUGUUGUCAGCGGGGAAGUGCAGGAGGAGUUUACCACUCUCCUCCACGCCCUCGAUACCACCUCCACCCACCUAACAACCACCCUCGACACGCUCUCCACCACCCGCCUAGACCCCUCCCUCCACCCCUCCAAGACCCUCCACGACUUCAUCGACGCCUCCUCCGUCUCCCACAUCAACAGCUCCCUGCGCGCAUGCAUAGACCGAUACAACGCCUCCUUCGCCUCCCUCGCCUCCACCGCCGAUGACUACACCUCGUCGCUCUCCUCCAUCGCCUCCGCGCUAGCUGCCACCCCCUCAAGUCCCGAAGACGACGGAGGAGGCUCCUCGCCCCUGCCCGAGCUCUUCGGCGCCACGGAAACUCACGCGACAGAGAUGGCGGAGAUGCUGCAGAGUCUAGUCCGCCACUACGACCUCUGCGUCACAGCGCUCAAGCACACCGAAGGCGGAGGCGAAGCCGCCGAGCAAGCCGCGCAGCAGCAUAUGGUGCCGGGCGUCGAGAGCUUACACCAGGACGCCUCUCCGCCGCAGCCGCUCACGGCGAGCGAGCGGCAGGACAUGCUGACCGUGCUCUCGCGCGACGCGGCCGAGGUCGAGGACGUGGUGGCCGAGAUCCAGGACCGGCUGCAGGAGAUGGAGACGCAGCUCGAGCACAUGAGCGGCUACGUCGAGGCGCUGGAGGCCGAGGCGGCGGGGCUGUCGGCCACGCUCAGGCGCAUGCGAGAAGUGGGCAGGGAGGUUGCAGGGUACAUCGCCGUGUGCGCGGGCUUCGCGGCUGGGUGGGCGGAUGAGAGAAGGGAGAUUGAGGGCGGGAUGGGGGAGCUAGAGGGCUUGAGGGAGUUUUAUGAGGGCUUUUCGGGCGCGUAUGAUGGGUUGAUUGUGGAGGUGGAGAGGAGGAGGAGGUGGAGGGGGGAAAUGGAGAAGGUGGUUGGUGAGGCGAUGGAGAGGAUGGAGAGGAUGUAUCAGGGCGAGAUAGAAGACCGCGAAAUAUUCACAGCGGAGCAUGGCGAGUUCUUGCCAUCGGAUAUGUGGCCGGGUCUGGUGAACCCGCCGCUGCGAUAUGAAAUCCAGGCCAUUGACCAGGAAGACGGGCCCAUACAAGGCAUACAGAAAGAGACGUUAGACGCGGCGAUGAAGCGGAUGAGCUCGAGACCAUGA